UUUCUGUGUGGAGGAGACUGACGUAUAAGUUGAUGUUCGGGAGUGGGAGCAUGGAUUACGAGUUGACUGAACUGUGUAUUUUUUUUUGUGAUCUUAAAUAACUAGUGGUGUGCUCAGAGCCUGAGUGUGGGUGAUCUUUAUUGUUUUAUGUCAAAACAAAACAAAUACAUGUCUGAAAAAGACCUAACACUAUACCAAUAAAAAACCUAAUAGGCAUAACUAUGACAGAGUCCUAAUUUGUGUUGCCAGGAGCUCAACAUGCCAGUGAAAUAGGCUUUUUGAUCAUGUUGACCUGUUUGGGAGGAAAUGGAGGAGGUUGUAUUUAUAGUUCUAUCCACUUUAUAUAAUAAACACAACAAAUACAUACCUGCCACCACCAGAAAGCUAUAAAUAAGGAUGUUAGCAAAGAAAAACAUGGGUGACUUUGAACUACAUUGGACACCAAGAACCGUUUAAAAAAUAGGGAUGAACACUCGUAAGCAGGCAAAGUUGGCAGGUAGGCGAUCACUGCUUAGCUAGCGAGCUGCAAGGUACCUUACAACUAGAGUAAAGUACAAAGCACUGGCCCACCUAAGUCACGAAGAGGCCACAUGUUCCACGGGGCUUGGAACAGGCACCUGCGAAGCCUGAGACCGCAGCUGCUGGCCCCUGGGGCGGGGAGCCCCGACAGCCUCCUCGCUGAGCGCCCAACAGGCCGGAUGGGGGCUGGGUUCCCCAAGGUGAGACAGGAGCCCGCACCUCCCAUCGAGCUUUGCGGCUGGGCCGUGGGCAGCGGUGGGCUGGGCUCGCCCAUCGCUGCAGUGGGAGGCUCUGGCCGGAGGAGUCCGCCCAGCAGCGGCAAGAGGAGGCGGAGCUCGCCCGGUCAGUCCAGGAGGUAUCGAGCCGCUGCUAACGUUGUUGGGGCGAAGGAGGGAGCGCGCCGGCCCAGCUGCAGCUGCAGCCGUUGUCACUGCGCUUCCCCCACAGCCGUUACCUCACCUGGCGGACUCGAACCAGAGAGUCCCGCCGCUGUUAGCGGAUCAUCGCACGAGCGUGGCCUGCACCAUCGGCGGCCCGCCCUUUUCCACUCUUGCCUUCUCUUCAUUGGUCGAGCAGAAUCUCUCAUCUCCGCGAUUGGUCCAGGAGGACUUGGUUUGUGCCUACGUGGAGCCCUCAGAGAUAAAACACCGCCCCAGGUGCCAAGUGAGACAGAGGUUGAAGAAUAUCAAAAUAGGAAAGUGAUUUUGGACUCAGAAAGGAUGGGAAGAAAGGAUGCGUCUGCUGCAAGAAUUCCUGUUGAGCAAUACAGGAAACAAAUAGGAAAACAAGAUUACAAGAAAAGCAGGCCAGUGUUAAGAGCAACAAGAUUAAAGGCAGAGGCCAAGAAAACUGCACUGGGCAUAAAGGAAGUUGCCCUUGUCCUUGCAGCUAUACUGGUAUUUUUGUUGGCUUUCUACGCUUUCUUUUAUCUUAAUCUAUCAAGUGAAGUUGACCUUGAUCUGGAUCCAAAUGAAAACUAGCAGAUGCAAUGUAUCUAUCCUAUCAUCAGAUUCUCUUCAGGAAAAGCAACUACCUUGAACAACACUGCUUGGGGACACACAGUUCUAAUGCAUAAUAAUACUAUGCAAUGUCUCAGUCGCUCUUAAAAUUCAUAUCUGCAGAAGAGACAAAGAAGACUCGUGCAAUGCAAGCUGUGAUAUCUCAUCUAGAAAUGCAGAAUACACCAGCAUCUCCAACAUAUGUAUGAAGAGGAAAUAUUAUACUUAUACUUAUUUCUCAUUCUCUAAAUUGUGACUCUUAAAGUCACCAAAUCCCCCAAAUCAUACAUUCUUAGUAUGUGUAGUCCAGUAAUAUUAUAUAUGCCACCAAAUGUGUAGCAACAUAUAGCGCUUGGAGUGAAGCCUUUUAUGACAUGGCAUUCCUUUCAGUGUAGUGAAAGGCAAUCACAAGCUGGCAUUUUGGAUGUGACAUGCCUGUCACUUCACUGAGUGCCAUACCACAUGUCUCAAAAUGCUGCAGUCCUUUCUUUCAUUUUGCAUGAGCAUUUUCCAUUAACUCACAGGAUGUUGUAAGGAUUAUGUAGCUAAUGUUUGUCCAGUGCUUUGUAUGAGACAUGCAAUAGAAGUGCUAAGUAUGUUGUAUUGCCAUAUGUAUUGUGUUCUGAAAUGGUUAAAUGAAAAGAAGAAUAUUUCUAAUUUAAAAUAGUAACUUGAAGUUAUUAGAACAAGAACAUUUCCCAUAUUAUGUGAAUUACAAGUAAAAACCAAACUACAUCUGUGGAUGAAUGAAAUCUAUGUGUUGGUUUAUGGACCAGAAGACCCCUAGAUUAGAAAGUAUCUCAAAUCUUCUUUAUGUUCUCAAGUGCUGCAUUUUGCAUUUGGCUAUUUUUCAUUCAGGUGACAGACAUAACCAGAGAGUUGCCUAUCGCUUAGAAUUAGAGAGUUGCCUAUCGCUUAGAAUAUCUGAGAUUCAUGCCCAGUGCACAUGGGAAUACAUGGAAAAUAUUGCAGCAAAUACAUGGAAAAUAUUGCACUUGUGUUUUUAGUCCACUAGUUACAGACGGGUUUGUUAGUAGCAGAUAUCCCAGCUUUAGUCAAACUAUCCACCUGUUCUGUUUUUUAAUUUAUAAACACAAAUGCAUUAAACAUAGGGCCUGAGUUGGGUCUUGCUUGCACCUCUUUUCAUGGACUCCUUUAACUUCAGUGAAAUGACUCCUGCUUACUCCUAAUUACUCACACUAAUGUGAGAUCAAAAUCUGGCCUGUGAUUGUCUCCCUUUUGGAGCACAGCAGGUAUCCAUUCUUGAUAUAUUUAAAUGAAGUUGCUUUUAGCUCCUCAAAUGCAUGCUAGGUGUGCGCGCAUGCGCACUCUCUCUCUCUCUUUAAUGAUGAUACCUAUGUAUGUAUGUAUCUGAGAGCAGAACCAAUCCCAUAAUUUUUUAGGUCAUUUGUCUUUUUGUAACUGUAGCUCAUGGAUUAUUUUAAUAAUAAAAUGAAUUUUUAAACUUUGAA